CAAAAAUUCUAUGCGACAUAAACUUAAAUACUUCUACGAAAAAUUGGAACAAAAAAUUUAACCAACCUUUAUUUUAAUUAGUAGCUCAUUGCAUAGAUUGAUUUACAUAACAUGGCCACUCCUUUAUCCUCGGCAUCGGCCAAGUCGGCAUACAGAAAUGCUUUAAGAGCCACAAGAAUUGCUUUCAGACAAGAUAUACCUAUAUUACAAGGUGCUAGGCUACAAAUCAAGCAAGGAUUUGAAAAGCAUCGAAACUUAGAUAGUUUAGAUAAAAUAGAAGAAGAGAUAACUAAAUUGAAUGAAGUCAGUCAGUUUCUUAUUAAAAAUAUAGUUCAAGGUGAGAAACAAAGUGAUGGUAAAUAUUUCUUAAAUUUCCAUGAGAAGACUGAAUUAGGUGAUAAUGAAACCAUCAAACAAGGUGGUAAAUCCAAUUUAGGAUCAUUGGCUGGUGCUAAAGGUUCUAAGGUUAAGAAAUGUUCUGAUAAAUAGUGCUCAAGGUAUCAAGUAGCUGUUUCAUGUAAUAGUACCGGGGAAUGAAUUAUCGCCUUAUUUCUUAUAUAUAGUAAAUUUUCCUCAAACCUAGUAAAAAAUACUUUGUAAAUAAUAAUAAUUUAACGCUUGAUAGAUGAUUUAAUAAAUUGACUA